AUGGCCGGGGUGGCGGCCGGCGGGGCUGCCGCGGGGGCGGCGGCAGCGCUGGGCGAGGUGGAGGACGAGGGGCUCCUGGCCUCGCUGUUCCGAGACCGGUUCCCGGAGGGCCAGUGGCGAGAGCGGCCCGACGUGGGGCGCUACCUACGCGAGUUGAGCGGCUCGGGGCUGGAGCGGCUGCGGCGGGAGCCCGAGCGGCUGGCGGAGGAGCGGGCGCAGCUGCUGCAGCAGACGCGGGACUUGGCCUUCGCCAACUACAAGACGUUCAUCCGCGGCGCCGAGUGCACCGAGCGCAUCCACCGCCUCUUCGGGGACGUGGAGGCCGCCCUGGGCCGCCUGCUGGGCCGCCUGCCCAGCUUCCAGCAGAGCUGCCGGAACUUUGUGAAGGAUGCCGAAGAGAUUGGUUCUAACCGCCAUAUGAAUACUCUGACCCUGAACCGGCACACAGAGAUCUUGGAAAUCUUGGAGAUCCCUCAGUUAAUGGACACCUGUGUUCGAAAUAGCUACUAUGAGGAGGCUCUUGAGCUUGCAGCCUAUGUGCGCAGACUGGAAAGAAAAUAUUCUACCAUCCCUGUAAUCCAGGGCAUUGUUAAUGAAGUCCGUCAGUCUAUGCAAUUGAUGCUCAGCCAGUUGAUCCAACAACUUCGAACCAACAUCCAACUCCCUGCCUGUCUCCGAGUUAUUGGCUAUCUUCGUCGAAUGGACAUUUUCACAGAGGCUGAGUUGCGAAUCAAGUUCUUACAGGCCCGAGAUGCAUGGCUGCGUUCCAUCCUGACCUCCAUUCCCAAUGAGGAUCCUUAUUUUCACACCACCAAGACCAUCGAGGCAUGUCGUGUCCACCUUUUCGACAUCAUCACACAGUACCGUGCCAUAUUCUCUGAUGAGGACCCAUUGCUGCCACUGGCUGCCGGUGAGCCCUCGGUGAACGAGAGCGCCAUCUUCCACGGCUGGGUCUUGCAGAAGGUCUCACAGUUCCUGCAGGUGUUGGAGAGUGACCUUCAGCGUGGAGGCAGCGGCCGCCUGGACUCGCUGCUCGGCCAGUGUAUGUACUUUGGGCUCUCCUUCAGCCGAGUAGGGGCUGAUUUUCGGGGCCAACUUGCACCUGUGUUCCAGCAGGUUGCUUUGAAUACUUUCAAGAAAGCAGUUCAAGAAGGUGUGGAGAAGUUUCAGGAUGAAAUGAAUUCCUAUACUCUUAUUUCUGCUCCUGCUGCACUGCGGAGUGCGAUUCCUGCUGCCGUCCCUGUGACUCAGCCUGGAACCUUGCAGCCCCCCAUGGGACUGCUGGACUUCCCACCACUGGCUUGUUUCCUCAACAACAUUCUGGUUGCAUUCAAUGAUUUGCGUCUCUGUUGUCCUGUGGCACUGGCUCAGGAAGUGACUGCCUCUUUACAGGAUGCCCUUGGCAAGGUAACAAAAAUAAUAUUGGCCUUUCACCGGGCAGAGGAGGCAGCCUUCAGUAGCCGGGAACAAGAACUCUUCAUCCAGUUCUGCACUGUUUUCCUGGAAGACUUAGUCCCUUACCUAAAUCGCUGUCUCCAAGUCCUCUUCCCGCCGACCCAGAUAGCACAGAUUUUGGGUGUUCCACCCACUCAGCUCUCCAAGUUCAGAAGCCUUGGACAUGUCAAUAUCCAAGUCAUCCAGGAGCCCUUGGCUUUUAUCUUGCCAAAGAGAGAGACAGUUUUUCUAUUGGAUGAGAAAGGACUGGAACAAGAGAUCAUAGCUCCAGCUCCAGAACUUAUAGAACAGGAACCUAGUCUGGCAUCUGCUCCUGAAACUUCCCUAGAGAAUACAGAAGAGGAAAGUGCCCUGGGGGACCCUUUGCCAUCUGACCCUCCUUCGACUGGGACCUAGUGCGAGGGUAGCUAGUGCCUCCUCCUUAAACAUCUGCAGAGUUUGGGACCUGUGCCUCCUGGAGUCGAUAAUUUCUUGACUGGAUAUACAUCUGCAAGACCCAGUACCAUCUCCAAGCUCUGUCUGACCCUGUCCUACAACUUGAACCCUUUUACCCAGAAUCUGGGUGGGCCUAUAUUAUAUGCAGGGAUUUUGGAGGAAGAAUGUUUGUUAACGGUGCUGUGGCCUGACCACAUUGACUUCUUGUGAUUGAAUUUACCUCUAGCAGGCCUGUGGCCUUUUUUCUGAGACUGUCCCUGAGGAGGUGACAUAGGAAUACACAUAUACAGAAAGGGAGUUGUGGAGUAACUCUUUGGGUUUGAAAAUAGAUUGGGUGGCAUAUAAAGAUAUAUAAUAAAUAAAAAAUAUUUUAGCCAUGAUGA